AUGUCAGUUGUAAAUGUAUAUGCAACAUCUGCAACGACAGAAAAUCUAUCUCGGCAUGAAAUGCUCAUGUGGGUAAACGAUUGCUUGCAGUCAAAUUUUGCAAAAAUUGAAGAAAUGCAUACGGGUGCAGCUUACUGUCAAUUCACAGAUUUCCUGUUUCCUGGUUCAAUACAAUUACGGCGGGUGAAAUGGAACAGCAGAUUAGAAUUGGAUUGGUUAAGUAACUGGAAGUUACUGCAGACGUCAUGGAAAACACUAGGUGUUGAUAAAAUUGUUCCUGUGGAGAAACUUAUCAAGGGAAAAUUUCAGGACAAUUUCGAGUUCUUGCAGUGGUUUAAAAAAUUUUUUGAUGCAAAUUUUGAUGGGCACGAAUAUGACCCAUUGGAAGCUCGGAGUGGCGAACCAUUGCCAUCUGAUGUAAAAGCCAAUGCACCUUCACGAAUGCCUGCGAAGUCUUCAGCUCCACCAGUUAAGAAAUCAACCCUUUCGGCGUCAAAUGCUUCUAUGAAUAAAGGUGAAGUACGGAAGGCACCAGUUCUUGGAGGGAAGCACAACCCAACUCGAACAGCUGCACCGCUUAUUACAACUACCGUUGCGCGAGCUACUGCACAUCCUAUUCAACCCGUAGUAGAUCCUCAGGUAGUGGCGAAUUUAAAACGCGAAUUGGAGGAAGCCAAGGGACAGAUAGCUGAAGGUGACAAUGUGAUAGUCAGUCUUGAAAAGGAACGUGACUUUUAUUUUUCGAAACUGCGACAGAUUGAAGUAAUAUGUCAAGACAAUGAGCAGAUUGGAACCAUUGAUGUAGCCCGUGUAAUUGCGAUAUUGUAUGAAACGGAAGAAGGAUUUGCACCGCCGGACGAGAACGAGGUUGAGAACGGAGAUGAAAUCUACUGA